AUGUCCAGUACAACUCAUACUCCUAACGUGUUAUGGGCGCAACGUUCUAGUGCCACCGACGCAGAGAAAAACGUGGUUUUAUUGACUAUUGAGAUAGUUGACCCAACAAACUUAAAUAUUGACUUGAAACCUACAUACUUGACUGUGAAGGCAAAUUCAUCAAAAUCAGAACAGCCAUAUGAAUUAAAGAUUGAUUUUUUUAGAGAUAUUGACCCAGAAAAUUCCAAAAUUAAUACUGGAAAUGGAAACCAUAUCUACAUGGUAUUGAGAAAAGCAGAAGCAGAGGAAGAGUACUGGCCAAGAUUAACAAAAGAGAAGUUGAAGUACCACUACAUCAAAACUGAUUUUGAUAAAUGGGUAGACGAAGACGAACAAGACGAGGUUAACGAUGAAGAAGAUUUGAUGGGUGGAAUGGGUGGCAUGGGUGGCAUGGGUGGCAUGGGUGGCAUGCCAGGUAUGGAAGGAAUGGGCGGUAUGGGCGGAAUGCCAGGAAUGGGUGGUAUGGGUGGCCCAGGAGGUAUGGACUUUUCACAAUUGCUCGCUGGAAUGGGUGGUGCCGGUGGCGCCGGUGGCUCUCCAGAUUUGAGUGCUUUGGCCAAUCAAUUAGGUGCAGCAGGAGGUAAAGAUCUCCUUUCUGAUGAUUCUCUCGGUGCUGAAGGUUCUGCUGAAGAUACUGGUGAAGGGGAAAACUCUGAAGAUGGCGAGAAGGUUGAAGAAAUAAAUUAA